AUGGCUGGGUCAUUAGAGGUUAAUAAUGGGAUAUUCGAUUCGACCCUCGAGACCCCUGAAGAUGGGAACUGUGAAGCCUUGACCAAAGUCGAUAUCGAGCGUCUCGGUCGUCAACGACCAGAAACUCUUGCCAACUGGGCCGCCGAGGCCGGCUUCGUUUUCGCCGUGGUCGCAUCGCUAUGUAUGAGCGAGUACUUUAUCAGUGGCUUCAAUAUCGUCUUGCCCGCAUUAGCCAACGCCUUAGAUAUCCCAGAGUCACAACGAACAUGGCCAGCUGGCGUGAUAAACUUAACCACUGCCGCCCUACUCCUGCCAUUUUCUCGACUUUGUGCUAUGUAUGGUGGCAGAAGUGUGUUUUUAGGUGGCCACGUUUGGCUCUUGAUCUGGUCUAUCGUCUGUGGCUUCAGCAAAAACGCUACUAUGUUGAUAGUAAGCCGUGCUAUGCAGGGCAUAGGCGCUUCUGCGUUUCUUCCAGCGGGUCUUGCUCUCCUUGGCCAGACGUAUCGGCCAGGCCCUCGCAAAAAUCUUAUUUUCAGCUUUUAUGGUGCAUCCGCCUGUGUAGGGUUCUAUUUCGGUAUCAUUAUCGGCGCCCUUACUGGACAACUAGCUGACUGGACCGUCUACUUCUGGGUCGGCUCUGGGUUCGUAUUCGCUGUCAUCGUUACCGGCUUCUUUACCAUCCCCCGAAACCUUGGCCAUAACGAUCCGGACGUAUGUAUGGAUUGGUGGGGGGUGUGUACAAUUGUGCCAGGAUUGGCACUUGUCGUCUACGCACUUACGGAUGGCGGAAAUGCGCCGGAUAGCUGGCGUACGCCUUAUAUUUACGUAACCUUCAUAGUCGGCGCCCUCUUGCUCUGCGCUGCGGUGUACGUUCAAGGCUGGGUUUCGGCACAGCCGUUACUUCCAGCUGAGAUAUUCCGACCGAAAUAUAUGAAGCGUAUCUCUUCCUUCAUAUUCUGCGGGUUCGGGGUAUUUUCGAUUUUCUUGUUCUAUGCUAGCUUUUAUAUCGAGGAAGUUCUUCACGCAACCCCUAUACAGACUGCCGUGUGGUUUAUACCACUAGCUCUAGGUGGUUUCAUACUCGCAAUUACAGGAGGGUUUGUUUUACACAUACUUUCGGGGCAUAUAUUACUGAUCGUUUCCGGUAUGGGCUAUGUGCUCUGUGUAUUGCUAUUCCCUCUCAUACCUGCGCAAGACGGUUCAAGUGGGAUGUCAACCAGCCAUCUUUAUUGGUCUUACAUAUUUCCUUCGAUGAUAUGUGGUACUAUUGGCAUCGACAUUACAUAUAAUGUGACUAACGUCUUUGUUACAACAUCAAUGGCCCGACGCCAUCAAGCUACUGCUGCUGGACUCAUCACGAGUCUCGGAUACCUCGGUAUGGCAUUUUGGCUCGGUGUCUCGGAACUAGCCAUCUCGACUUGGGCCCGGUAUCAUGCAGCAGAGAACCCCGAUCUACGUGAAAAAUAUCAAGUUGGGUUCUGGACAGGUGUCGGGGUGGCAGGUUUCACUCUAUGCUGCGCCGCGACUUCGAGGAUCGGCCGAGCGUCGGCCGAUUUAACAGCAGACGAGAAAUAUGAAUUAGAGCACAACGUAGCCUAG